AUGAAUUCACAAAAUGAAGACGACGAUGUGAGAGAUGCAAGUGUAGAGGAAAUCUUGGACGACACCCACCCCCAACGAAACGUACAGGAGGACAACCCCAGUCUAUCGAUGGAGCGCAUUUAUCUGAAAGUGAUAAACAGUGCCACGGAGUUGAGGCAGCUAGCGGAGGCGACAAUCGACGGCCACCUACAAGAAAUUGAGGCAUUGAAGAGAGAAUUGGAGCAAGUGAAGAGGGAAGAGAGCGGGAGCAUCGGGAGGAUAGUCGAGCUGGAGAAAAAGUGCGAAGAAGAGAAGACCCGGAAAGAGGAGGCCUAGAGAAAGGCCGAACAAGAGAUGACCCAGUUGGUGGCAGUGGAAAGGCAGCAUGCGCAAGAGAACAGGUUGGGAAGACAGAGGCAGGUGGAACAGGCAACAGGACAUGAAAGAAAAGAAAUGAAAGAAAUUGAACGACUGCAGAAAGAAAAGGAACAACUGAAGAAAGGAAAUAAAGAUUGGAGGAAGAACGACGACGCGACAGAACAUGAAAGAGAAUAAAUGAAAAAAGAAAUUAAACGACUGAAGAACGAAAAAAAAGAUUCGAGGAAGAAGUACGUAGCGGGGAAGAAAGAAAGAGACGAGUGUAAGAAGGA